UUAAGUCAACUUCGGUGGGGCAAGUGCAAAGGCGGAUCCCCUGUCUCAUCUCUUUGAAACUUUUCACUGACAUUUUAAACGUUUGUACGGUCGUUGCAGAUAUAUAACAACAGUUCUUGGCGUGUAUGAAUUGCACAUUAAAUGUUCAUACGUUUUUGCUCAACGCGUGGCGCAUAAAAAGUGGCUUGCUGAAGAGUAAGCAACGCUUUUGACGAAAUAGCUACAGAUUAGCUCCCGGGCUAAAGUGGAUAACUGUCUUUCUAAAAGCUACGUCUAGAGAAACCCAGAAUCAACGAAAAUGGGGGAUAAAGAGCUGAUGUGGGCUUUGAAAAAUGGAGACAUGGAGGAAGUGAAGUCUUUGGUAAAGGAUGAAGAUGUGAACCGGACCUUGGAAGGCGGGAGGAAGCCUCUGCACUAUGCCGCCGACUGCGGCCAUCGUGAGGUGGUCGAGUUUCUUGUCUCCAGGGGGGCCGAUGUCAAUGCUGCAGACAAGCACGGCAUCACUCCACUGCUCUCUGCCAUUUACGAGGGUCAUCUCUCCUGUGUCAAACUCCUGCUGGAAAAGGGGGCUGACAAGGAGCGGAAGGGACCAGAUGGGCUGAGUGCCUUUGAAGCGGCGGAGAGCAGCGACAUCAAGGCUCUCCUCAAGUGAGGCGCGCACACGGCCCCAUGGGAGCCAGCCGAUGAGGCAGGCGGACGGACGGACGGACGGAUGGACAGGCGGACGGACAUACAGACGUGGCGCUCUCCUCUCCUCUCUUCUCCUCUCUUCUCACCAUCCCACCCCCCGUGCGCACUCAUUCUGAAAACAGACAAGACGUGACGGACUGACGCAGACGCUUCUUCCUUCAUCUCUUUUCCUUCCAUCCAUCCCUCCAUCCCUCCAUCCAUCAAUCUAUCCAUCCAUCCAUCCUAGCAGAGAAACAAAUUAUUCUCAUAACGCCGCUCAUCUGUGCGAUAGUUGCGUUUUGGUUUUCUUCAUGACGUUCUGUUUUUGAUUUUUUUUUUUUUUUUUUUUUUUACUUUGAUAGGAUAUUGUUAUUUUAUGGUGGAAGGGCAGGGUGAUUUUUUUUCCCCCUACGAUUUUUUGUCUGUAGGAAAAAUUGUUCUUCAGUGGACAGACAAAAAAAAAAUCAACAAAAAUGAUCACGCUUUUGUUUAAGGACCAAUUGCUGAACAAAUUUCCCCCAUUCCUGCGUAGUCUGCCUUAAGUCCUAAAGCUUCAAUCAGAAAACUGUCAUUUCCGACUUUUAUUGUUGGUGUGAGCAAUUAAAGAAAAAAGAAAAUUAAAAAAUGGCACUUGAGGACGACGUUCAUGCCCUUUUAAGAAACAACGUCCUGCAUAUGGGCAUGAAAGAACAACGUGUAUAUAUAUUUUUUUCUACACACAAAGUACUGUAAGGCCACACAGUUACUGAUAUGGGGUAAGACUAGUCACCGAAAAUAGUGGGUUGGAAUUUUUUUUAAAGAUAUAUGGUGGUAAAAUAAAACUGCUUUUGAGCACAGGUAAAUGUGCAGCUGCCCUUCUUUUUUUCUGGCUAUGCUGGAUUUGCCCUUUUAACGGCCUAUUUAAAACUUCGAUAGUCUUUCCUUGCGAGUUGAAGGGGAGGUCUGAUGGUGUAAGAUUAUUUAUGGCUGCUGCGAAUGACUAACUCGCCAUCAGAACCUGCAUACAGAGUAAAACCCCUCCACUCUUUUCAUAUUUCACCACACGUCACACUUCAGACAAAGACACACACACCCCUUGGUAACAUUCAAAACGUUUUCAAUUAUUGACCAAUUCACAAUUACUCGCAGUGUAAAGUGUCAGUUUGUAGUUCAAUGUUUGCAGUUGAAUUAAAAAAAAAAAAAAAAAAGGUACCCAAAGGAAGAAAAAAAAAAGUCAUGUUCCUCUUACCUACAGCUUUUUACCGUAGCUUCUUUGAAACAGAAUAACCGUUUUAAGGUGAAAAUUAAUUUUCCCUUUUCAACUGCUUUCUUUUGCUUUUACUGAAUUCCCUUGUUACUGCAAUCAUGAUAUAAUGUAUGGUAGUUGCGAUUGUUGGGCACAUUAUGUAAUGGGUUUUCUGGCCUUGGGUUUUGUUUUCUCACACUCCUGAGUUUGAUUAAGUCUCCUGCUGGCCUCAUUGCAUGCCAGAGCUGCUUCUGCUGCAAAGCUCUUACAAAAGAAAACAAACAACACAAGAGAGAAAAAAAGAAAACGACAAAAAAAAACAUCCAAGACUGCUUUCCUCCUGCUUUAAGUUGCUCUCGCUCUCCGAUAGUGGUCAUAUGAGUUGGAAUGCUUAAUAACUGGCAUCAUUGUGAGAAACAUGUGGAAUUAAGAACUGAAAUAAACAACAAAAGGAAAACAAAAAAA